AGGGUUUUAGGGUUUUAGGGUUACUACAGCGAGACAGGGAGAGAGCGUGGGGGUUGGGCCAUCUUCCAGUCACGGAGGGGGGCUUGUUCUACCACUUUGUUAGUUAGUUAGUUGCAAACCCUCUUUCUUCCUUCGUUGUUGCCUUCCUUCGUUAGAUCACCAUGCCGCGCACCAACUCGGUGGAUCUGCCGGGCUGCCCGCCCUUCCGCGCUCUCUGUUGUGACAACCUCGGCUAUGUUAAAGUCGUGGAGGUCGCUUCGGACAAGGGCAUGCCGCAAGUGGUGGCUCGAUGGGGAAGAGAUCCUGUGGCUUGCAGCGCGUAUGGGGAGGAAGGGUUUGCUUUGGCGAGGAAAAGUGGCAGAGUUGAAGUGUUGAAUCCAGUCAAUGGUGUCAGACUUGCUGAAGUUGUGGUACCGACUAGCAUUUCGGAACGAGUUAAUGGAAAUCGUGAAGAUGCGAGUGAUGCUGUAUGCGGAUUGCAUCUUUUCAAGAAAAAUAGUAUUUGGGGGACAGCGGUGUUGACUUGCACGGAGCAGGGCGUAGCUGCUAUUCAAAGAAUCUCCUUUCCAGCUGACGAUGAAGACAUGGGCGUAUCAAAUGAUGGUGAUGAGGACAUGGGUGUGUCUACCAGUAGCCAAGUCAGUUCAGAUGCUAUCGUUUGGAGUGUGGCUGAUUCGGGAAGUGUUUGUUGUCUACGGGUGGAUGGCAGUGAGCGUUAUGCUAUAUUUGGAGGAAAAGGUGUCGAGGUUAGCAUGUGGGAUUUGGAAAAGCGGACCCGAAUUUGGAGUGCUAAAAAUCCAAGAAGGGACAACCUGGGUUUAAUAGCCCCUGCAUUCGUCACAGCAUUGGCAUUUCUCUCCGUCAAAGAUCACCGCAAGUUUGUAGUGGGAACCGGCCAUCACCAGAUUCGGUUGUAUGAUACCGGAGCGCAGCGGCGGCCGAUGUUGAUGUUCGAUUAUGGUGAAUCACCUAUAAAGUCCAUUGCUCCAGGUGGUGAUGGGAACACUGUGUAUGUAGGAAGUGGGAGCGGAGACUUAGCGUGCUUUGACAUGCGUACAGGUCAAAAUGUUGGAGGAUUCAAGGGAAAAAUAUCAGGCAGUGUGCGGUCGGUAGUUCUGCAUCCUACUCUACCCAUUGUCGCAUCUUGUGGUCUGGACAGAUACUUGAGAAUUCACCACUCCAGAACCAGGCAGCUUCUUUCAAUGUUGUUUUUGAAGCAACAAUUGAUCAGUGUAGUGUUUGACACAAGCGCUGACAAGUCUGUCCCCCCUACAUCUGGGAGUUCUAACAAAGAGAACUCAAAUGCAGCUGAAGCAAAGCCAGCAUCGAAGACUGGUACAGAAAAAGAGGGUAGGACUGAUAAGAAGAAGCGAUCUAGGGAGGAAUUGAAAGAUUUUGCGGUUCCAUCGCAGAAUUUGGUGAAGAUCAAAAAGAAAAGCGCAGUGGUCCCGAAUAUUGAGACCAAACAGGAGAAGAGCUCCAGAAAGGUCCGGAAGUCGAAAGGCAGUGGGCCAUAAACUUGAGGUUAUAUGUAUACAUGAAUCUGUCAAGUGAGUUGAGCACUUUGCGUGGAGAUAUAGCACCUAGUGCUUACGGGGUCUGUCAAUGCGGCUUCGAGGAACAGUGGUCUGUUGAGGUGGAAGCGGAGACUUGCACGGGAUGUAGUGGAUGCAGCGCUUUUCCGCAACUUGUUUGCUGCUAGCAUACCCAGAAAAGCAGUCUUGUGUAGUUCAUUACCCAUGACAUGCACGCUUUCCGCACUCUAGAAAUAGCUUCUGUACGAAUCCACGUGGUGCAUUUCAAAAAAUGAUACUCUAGAAAUGUCGGCUCCGGUGGUAUUAUCCCAUCUACUUUUGGCACACGAUUUCCUCUAAUUCAAAUUCCUCAUGAGUAGGUUUAUUCGUAGCUACUACAUGAUUGCAA